AUGACUAUCGGACAUCUUGUCCGCGAUACGGCAUUUGGCCAAAUCGUGCGACUUCUUACCAAGAACCGCGUGUUCCAGUACCCCGAAGAGCAGGACCCGGAACACUGGAAGAAGUAUCUGAACGAAGAGAAGUCGGGGUAUAUCGCGCACCAUGGCGACACAGCUCCGCCAGAAGAUGAUUCGCAGGAAACGUUACAGAACGCGAGAGGGAUGCGCACAAGAGAUGCUCAAGGCGACGGUGCAACAGACUCACGAGAAUCCAUGAAUACGGAAGCUACGUAUAAUGAAGCCAGUGGCGUUCGAGUCGAUCAAGAGAAGGGGAGAGAUAAGAAUGUGGUGGAUUGGUAUGGACCGAAUGAUCCUGAAAACCCCAGAAACUGGUCGAUGUCUAAGAAAUUCUUCGUCACGGGCGAAAUUGUGCUCCUGACGUUUAGCAUUUACAUUGGUUCCGCUAUCUACACGCCUGGUCUCAUGGGCGUAAUGCAGGAAUUCGGCGUAAGCCAGGUCGCUGCUACACUCGGGCUAACUCUGUUCGUUGCCGGUUAUGGCGUCGGUCCAUUACUAUGGUCUCCUAUGAGCGAAAUCCCUCAGUUCGGUCGCAAUCCUAUCUACAUUGCAACGCUGUUGGUCUUCGUUCUCUUCCAGAUACCAACGGCGCUCGCGAAGAACUUCGGCAUGCUUCUAGCCUUUCGAUUUCUAACCGGUUUCUUCGGCUCUCCAGCUCUCGCUACAGGCGGUGCCACGAUAGCCGACAUGUACAGACCCUCGAAGCAAGCCUACGGCCUGAGUAUCUGGGGCAUUGGAGCCGUUUGCGGACCAUGCUUAGGGCCCUUAGUCGGAGGCUUCGCCGCCCAAGCCGAGGACUGGACCUGGCCCAUCUGGGAACUGAUGUGGCUGUCAGGUUUCUGCUGGGUAUUCCUAUUCUUCCUUCUCCCUGAGACCAGCUCAGCGAACAUCCUCUAUCGCCGCACAAAGCGCCUACGAAAGCUCACAGGCAAUGAAAAACUCAUCUGCGAGCCCGAGCUCAUGGCCGAACAGAUGACCGGCAAAGACAUCAUCCAAAUGACGCUCAUCCGCCCCAUCACCCUAACCCUCACCGAACCCAUGGUCUUCCUCUUAAAUCUGAAAUAG